UGUGAUGUCUAUCUGUGAUGACGAUAAUGAUGAUGAUGGACUCGUCAGCUGCUCUUCAUCUCAAUCUCUUGACUCUGACUGUGAUGUUCUGUUUCAGUCUGUUGUGUGGCUUCAGUCCUGGGUUUUUCAUGAGACAAGCGGCUCGUUACACCUCUGAUCCAGGGUCUCGGCUCAGAGCAUUGAGUCUGGCAUCAUGUUUGUCCAGUGGUGUGUUUCUGGGCUUCAGUCUGCUGGAUCUGCUGCCCAAAUAUCUGACGGACAUGAGAGACACGUUCAGCCGUCUGGACAUCACCCUGCGGUUUCCCCUGUCGGAGUUCCUGCUGGCGAUGGGAGUUCUGCUGGUGCUGCUGGUGGAGCAGAUGCUGUUGGCCUUCAGAGAGCAGGUGUGUGUGUCGUCCGUGGAGAAGCAGACGCUGAUUGAGCGCACGCGCUUAUAUGUGGAGGACAGCCGCACUCACGAGGCUCUGCGUGUGUGUCUGCUGCUGCUGUGUGUGUGUGUGCGCUCUCUGCUGGAGGGUGUGUGCGCUGUGCCUCCUCCGCUGUGGUCUUGUGGUGCUGCGCUGCUCCGCGAGGGUCUGCUGGCGUUCGGGCUGGCGUUGCAGCUGGCUCCGGCGGGUCUGCGGCGUGCGGUGGCAACCGGUGGUCUGGUGCUCUUCUGCUCCGCCCGACCUGUCGCCAUGGGGACGGCGAUGCUCAGAGGCACGCCCGGCGAUCAGGCGUAUACGGCUGAUGUGGUGCGCUGUGCUGUGGAGGGUCUGACCUGCGGGAUCUUCAUCUGCAUCUCCAUCAGUGGACUGCUGUUUCCGGAGUCCAGCUCGCCCAAACAGCGCAUGCAUAAGGUGGCGUUCCUGUUGACCGGGUUCGCUCUGGUCACGGCGGUGCUGAUCAGUCAAGUCUGAACCCUUCACACUGAGUUUACCAAGUGCUUGAUGGUCUGAAAGGAGUGUAUUGUCUAAUGUAAACACACACACACACACUAAUGCAGGAAGCUCCUGAAUCUGUAAUUUACAGCAGGCCUGCAUUAUAUUGGAUAAAGAUGACUAUUUAUACAUUAAAUAUUUACUUUAAUUGCAACUAUUGUUGCAAUUGUAUUAAUAAUGCAUCUACGGUAAAUUGUAAUAUUGCAAUUGAUUAGAAUACUAAUAAAAUAGUUUAAUAUGCAGUUAUAAAAUGCAUAAAUAUAAUAAAUUAAGGAGCUCCUAUUUUACCUUUUUAUAGAUGUAAGAUCAGUCUGUGGGGUCUCCAUGUGUGUGUGUGUAAAGUUUCAGCUCAAAUUACCCAUCAGAUCAUUUACUAUACGCUGCUGAAUAUGGGAGUUUUGGCUCUGAGGAUGUUGUGGCUGUUUGAUAGCCUGUUUCUUUAAAUGCAAAUGAGCUGGUUCUCCCCACCCACCAUUUCCACAUGUGUGUGUGUUUCUCCUGCGUCAUGUCAGAUAAACAGCAGUCAGUGACAGAGACGGACACAGAUGAAGCAGAGAUCCAGUUUAUGAGUCUACAAUACCACAGUAAUGCUGUGUUCACAUCAGACGUGGAAGAAGCAUCAAGCGCGAGUGAUUUACAUGUUAAGUCAAUGCAAAGACAUGAAUAGACAUCUUGUGGCCGAUAGACGUAAAUAGCGCGGCAUGAAGUGAACAUUUUGCAUGUUUGAUGCACCUAACACAUGUCUCGCACAAAUCGAUCAAGUUAGAAAAUCUGUACUUCAGCGGACAUUUGCACUGCGUUAACCAAUCGGGAGCUUGCUCUUGUAGGGGCAUGCUUAUGUGGUUGCGCCUGUUGUUGGUGCUCCAGGGGGAAAUCUUCCUGCCUUCACCGAGAACAGUUCAUCAAACUGAGAUCGGCUCUGUCAGAAGCCGCGCUGAAAGCCUCUAUCAUCCAGGUUCCGUUUCUGGAGAAGUUUAUGAGCUCACAGAGCUACUGCACCUCUGAAAGGAUCUAGUGGACUCCAAAAGACACGGCUCCAAAUCAAUCGACAGUGUUUUUCAGCCUUUAUAAAGCACAUAAACACAGCUUUUCUCUCAAUAACAUCCAUGUUAGCCAUUUAGCAAUGAAGCUACAGUCACCGGAUAGACAGAAGCCCUGCCCAUGAUGCGACUCCACGUCUAUUGCUAAGUGAAUUUGACGCGCGAAUGAAACGAACAAACUCAAAUGUUUACACGUCUAAUUAUGCUUGAAUUUACUCAAACGUUCAAACGUUUAUUAAUGCGCAAAUUUACUCAAAUUUUCAUGCGUUUACUUACGUGCGAACUCCAUCAAAUGUUCACGCGUCUAUUUACGUAUGAAUUUACUCAAAUGUUCACGCGUCUAUUUACGUACGAAUUUACUCAAAUGUUCACACGUCUAUUUACGUGUGAAUGUACUCAAAUGUUCACGCGUCAAUUUACGUGCGAAUUUGCUCAAAUGUUCACGCGUCUUUUUACGUGCGAAUUUACUCAAAUGUUCUCGCGUCUAUUUACGUGCGAAUUUACUCAAAUGUUCACACGUUUAUUUACGUGCGUAUUUACUCAUGUUCACGCGUCUAUUUACGUGCGAAUUUUCUCAAAUGUUCACGCGUCUAUUUACGUGCGAAUUUUCUCAAAUGUUCACGCGUCUAUUUACGUGCGAAUUUUCUCAAAUGUUCACGCGUCUAUUUAAGUGCGAAUUUGCUCAAAUGUUCACGCGUCUAUUUACGUGCGAAUUUUCUCAAAUGUUCACGCGUCUAUUUACGUGCGAAUUUUCUCAAAUGUUCACGCGUCUAUUUAAGUGCGAAUUUGCUCAAAUGUUCACGCAUUUACGUGCAAAUUUACUCAAAUGUUCACGCGUCUAUUUACGUGCGAAUUUACUCAAAUGUUCAUGGGUCUAUUUACUUGUGAAUUUACUCAAAUGUUCACGCGUCUAUUUACAUGCGAAUUUACUCAAAUAUUCACGCGUCUAUUUACGUGCAAAUUUACUCAAAUGUUCACGCGUCUAUUUACGUGCGAAUUUACUCAAAUGUUCAUGGGUCUAUUUACUUGCAAAUUUACUGAAAUGUUCACACGUUUAUUUACGUGGAAUUUACUCAUAUGUUCACGCGUCUAUUUACGCAUCUGGUGUGAACACAGCAUAAGGUUAUUUGAUGUGUUUGGUGUGGAGUUUAUUCAAGCCAUUCUGCAAUGAUGAGUCACACACAAAUGCUGUUGCAAUAUUCGCAGUAUACAUACUCAUUUACUGUCACAUGCGGCUGUGCUGGCAGUUAUGAAUUACACUGCAAUUGUACUGUCUUUAUUAUGAGUUUUUGUUGCAUUUACACAGUGUUGACCAGCAGGUGUCGCUAGCAUGAGCUGUUUGGAACGCUUCAAAAUAGUGAAGUAUUUCGUAUUUCGAUUGUCUCAGGCUGUCAACGUUUGUUAGCAUCUUGACUAAACUAAAUCAAGUUUGCUUCUCAUCCAAUUUACAAUUUGUAGUAAUGCAAAUAUAUAAAGCAAAUAUGCAUUUGAUUAUCAUCACAAUAAUAAAGCCAAAGGGGCAGAGCAGUCAAGUCGAGUGUUUAUACUGUCGAAGCUGCUUUACAUUAGUGCUGUAAUUGUCUACAAAAUAAAGUUUAUAUUUACAUAA